AUGUCUUUCGUUCCUGUUGAGAAGGUAGUUAUUGCCCAAUACGGUGAGCAGCGAGUAGCACAGGAAACUAUGCCUGAUGUCGAAGCCUGGGUCGUCGAUUCCAAGGUAGAGAAGGGAAUACCCUUCAAACUCUGGAUGAGGCCGGAGUUGCACGAGAACCUCAAGGCGCUAUAUCCCAGUCUCCCUAACGCAGAGGAAAUUACUCGUGGUGGUGGCUUCCUCCAAGGUCGUCCAAUGUUGAAACCAGCAAUCACCAUAGAGACAUGCGACGGUGAUACUCGGCCUAAAAGGCUAUACCGCGUCGUUCACGCCAGAAACCCAUUCGGAGGAAUUAAGGCUAGGGGUUACGGAACCGUUGAUAUCAACCCUCUUCAUUUCCAAGUUCUAGUCCAAAAACACCUUAAUUGGAAUUGUUCGAGUCCGAGCCCUUUUCUCUCCGUUACAGACAAUCUCAACAAAGUUACGGUCAUAGCAGCAGUUUGUGAAGCCCGAGGAUUCGCCGGCAUCGAAGUCCUCGAAUUCGAUCCAGCACACCCGUCGUGGGACCAUAGACACCAAAGGUUAUGGAAUGCAAGGCACCUGGUCGACCAAUUCGGCACUAAAAUCCUACAACGUCGAGAGUUCUUACACCAAGAGUUCCUCGUAGAAAAUAUGAUUCCGCCUGAAUCUAUCCUGAGACGCCGCCCAUGGAAAUCGCUACGGGGUAUACUCGAUCCAGGAGAAUUCUGGCUAAACAUGAUGCGAAAGAAGGUGAAGCAUAUUAGCCGGUUAAAGAGAAGGCGAGGGGGAGGGAGCGACGGGGAGGGGGAAGUUACGAAUGAUAAAAUCAUUCAUAAAAAGGACAAGAAGAAGACGGUAUCUGAUGGGCCCGGGACGGAGGGGAGUGGGGAGGAGACGGCGGUGGUGAUGAAGAAGAGAAGAGUAAUUGAUUUUAAACUGCGAUUAUGA